AUGGCCUCUGCAAGCAACGAACACUUUAAGCUGGAGAACCUCUUCGGCGUGAAGGGCAAAGUGGCCCUAAUUACCGGCGGCGGCUCUGGCAUCGGUCUAAUGGCGACACAAGCGCUCGCAACCAACGGCGCCAAAGUGUACAUAACCGGGCGAACGCAAGAGAAACUCGACCGCGUAGCCAGCCUCUACAACAAGAACAUAAGCGGCGAAAUCAUCCCCAUAGUCUCCGACAUCACCUCCAAAGAAUCGAUUACCAAGCUAGUUAAAGAGAUCGAAUCCCGGGAAUCCCACCUCUCAAUCCUGAUCAACAACGCGGGAAUAAGCAGCAGCACCGACAACACCGAGCCCAGCGAGGCGCAGGACCUCAAGAAGACCCUCUUCGACGAAGCCACGCCCAUGAGCGAAUGGGAAGAUACCUACAGGACGAAUGUAAUGCAGCUGUAUUUCACCACCACUGCUUUCCUGCCUCUAUUGCAGAAGGGCUCGGAGAGAGAAAAAGGAUGGAGCAGUACUGUUGUGAACAUCACCAGUAUUUCGGGAAUUGUGAAGGUGUCGCAACAUCAUUUCGCGUAUAACGCUAGCAAGGCGGCGGCGAUUCAUUUGACGAAGAUGUUGGCGCAUGAGGUUGCUGAUAGUGGGUUGAGGAUUCGGGUGAACAAUAUUGCUCCUGGAGUGUUCCCGAGUGAAAUGACGGCCGGGGAGAGUGAUGAGACGCAGAAGAGUCACAUACCCAAGGAGAAAUAUGAGGGCAAGGUGCCGGCUGCGAGACCAGGCAAGGAUGAGGAUAUGGCGAGUGCGGUGCUGUUUGUUAGUACGAAUCAGUAUUUGAAUGGGCAGACGGUGGUUGUCGAUGGGGGGUAUGUUUUGGCUGCUGGGACUGUCUAG